GCCCGCGGCCGCCCGCACGCCCGCGGCGCUCGCCGACGAGCAGGAGCGCACCGCGCCGGCGGAGCGCUCCGUGCCGCUGGGCGAGCACCGGAGGCCGUUCGACGCGCUGCGGAGGCGCCGGGGCGAGGCCGGGGACCCAGAGCUGGCCAGGAGGCCGGAGGAGCGCACCAGGCUCUGGCAGUUUGACCUGCGCAUCAACCGCCUCCAGAAUCCGAGGGCGGGUCAGCGUCUUCUUCGCCGUCUCGGUGGGCCACGUGGAGCCGAAGAGGUUCCCGAGCCAGGUGAGACUCUCCAGAAGAUAUACCGAGGUGUUCACAUUGGGGAAGGAGGAGAAGAUUCUGCAGCAGCCCCUGUUUAUGUAUUUUCGGAAGAACUUCCAGUUGUCGUACAACGACCUUGAGAAGCAUAUUGUCAGAGUUGACAUGUGGACUGUCUCGAGUUGGACUUUUAAUGAGUAUUUCGGAGUUGGGAGGGAGACGCUUGGUAAAGUGGCGAACCGAAAUCCUGACUCAACACUAAUGUUGAAGCGGAAGCUUUCACGCAAGCAGCAGGAGGAUCAGAAAAAGAAGAGAGGCAUUGUUCCCCACGUUGCCAGCAUUGGCUGCACGAUCAAUGUAGAGGAGAUCUUCUUGUACACUCUGAGUUUGGAGAACUUCAAGUUGAAGCUUGGCAGAAGCGUUCAGACAGGUCAAGCAAGUCAGAGAGGCCAACCGAUCAGACCAUAUAGGCUCAAGUUCGACAUGCCGAAGAAUCGGAAGUCCCUGCCUGGUAAGACAAGGAUUGGCCAUAGCUGUCACACCUCUGCGCUGUUGCCGGCUGGCAACUCCGAAGGCGGAAAGUUCUGGGCAAAUUGUGGGGACUAUGAUUUCGUCGGGACUCGCACUCACCUGCAAAAUUCGUAUUUCUUGGUUACUGUGUACGGUCCAGCCAUGACAGCCGUACCUUCUGUACUUUCGUCUAAUAAGCGCAACCCGUUUGCUGAAAGUAUCGGCCAGUGUUUGAUGAAUCUUACUUCGGUGUUGGACGCCCCUGUAUUCGAAGGCAAGGUCAAGAAAUGGUUUUCCAUGAGGCAGGACGACGACGAGCUCACGAACGAUCAGAAAAAGGAGAAUCGAGACAAGUAUAUUGCUGGGGAGCUCAGCGGCUACGUGAAGGUCAGUUCGAGAUCCAAGACGCUGAGCCAUUACUCGUUCCCAGCCGGGGAGCAGGACUUCAGAGGCAUUCGACCAGAGCAGCCGAAGACGGCGACUUCGGUUUCGCACCUGAACAAGGCGGAGAGGCAUUUAGUCGUAGUUGUCGACAAAUGCCAAGGUCUUCCUAUCGCCGACCUUGCGGACGGGUGCUCGGACCCGUACCUGCGGAUAUCGUGGAACAACAUGGUCGCCGUGUCACCGACGAUGAAGGAGACCCUCAAGCCGGUGUUCAAGUACCGCUGCUACUUCCCAGUGCGCAUGGCCGGGAAGACGCAGCGGACUGCAGACAGCGAGAGGAGGCACCGUGGCAUUUUGAGGAUGGAGCUCGAGAGCAAGGGGCCCGUCAAGAUAGAGGUCUACGACGAUGACGACACAAGUGCCGACAUGCUUGGGAGCUGCUACGUCCACCUGCACGAUAUCCUCUCUUCGUCCACUGACCAGCGGAGCUUGAUAGGAGGCGCCCGAAAGAGAGACGACGAAGCCGUGAUCGAGCAGUACGGGAAGAAGAACCCCCAGUGGUAUUCGCAAGAGGAGGAGGUCCGCGUGUACGACGGCUCGCGGACGCAGCUGUCGGGGACGGCGUUGCUGCGUAACGAGCAGACGCCUCUGUGCUUUUUCGAGGCCUACUUCUACCCCGACUGGCAGCACGACCUGAGGCUCGACAGGACGGAGGAGAGCAGGGAAAAGCAUAAGUGGGAGCAGCUCGUGCCCACGUGGCUGGAGCGGCACGCGAAGCACCAGGAGACCUACGCGCUCGUCUUUCCGGAGGCGAUCGGGGCCUGGCUGUGCAACGACGAGGCUGCGGAGCGGGCCGAGAAUGUGGAGAACAAGCACUUCAGGACCUUCCCCUGCGUGGACUACCACCCGCUGACCAGCGAGACGGUGCCCCUCAUGAGCUUCCUGUCGCCCAUCAUCAUCCCCGAGGACGACGGGAUGCCCGCCAACCUGCUGCACUGGAUGCACUGCCUCAGCUUCGAAGCCUCGGGGCAGCACGUGCGCUCGGGCCGCAUCCCGCGCCACUCGUGGCACGACCCCGAGUACGUGCUGGCCAGGCGGAAGGGCACCGUGUGGGACCACGCCGUGCUGCUCUGCUCGCUGCUGCUCGGGUGCAAGAGGAACGCCUACGUGUGCAAGGGCAUGGUCAGACGCCAGAGAGGCAGCGAUGGGCCCGCCCACGGGGCAACCGAGUACAUCGAGCACGUGUGGGUGAUGACCAGGUACCACGGCUGGGUGACUUUCUGGGAACCUACCACUGGUCAGUCUUACCACCUCCCCCGGCGAUACGCCAAGCGCUCCAUAACAAGGGUCGAGGAAAGGCUAGACGGCGUGUCCGAGAGGAUCCAGGAGGAGUCACCGCCGGAGCUCAAGGACCUCGUCGAGGCGGGCCCCGAGGUAUGCGUGGAACACACCUCGAGCGACGUCCUGGACAAGUUCCUCGAGGCCGACGAGGUCAGCCAUUUGGCGAAAGAGGUCAGAAGGCCAGCAGCGAAGCAGAAAGUGAGGCGGGAUGGAGUCCAGAAGGAAAAGGCUGACGCUCAAAUGAAAGAGGCGGAGAGAAAAAGGCUCGGUCAGGCCAUCUGGCCGAACCGUGAUGUGUUGGUUGAAGACAAGUCGCUAGUGUAUUGGCUACCGUAUGAGUCGAUCGAUGUGGUUUUCAACAACGAGAAUCUGUGGGCGAACCACCAGAACCACCACCCCGCAUGCAUUACAUACGAUCUUGAAGAGCCGCAGUGGGCAAAAUUCAUUACUGACAGUCAACUGGCCGACGAUGAAGAGGAGCUCCAGGUUGAGCCAGUGGUUCACCAGGUCAAGGUAAUGCCCGAAAUGAAGCCCGAUCAGGUGUACAAUCUUGAGACCAGGCUGAAGGACGAGCUGAUCCAGAAUCUGAUGCUCUACCGGCUGAGCAAAGGAAUGGACACAGUCUUCCACGACCCGCCCGAUUUGAUAGACCAGAUCCGGCUCUUUCUUGAGAUUCAUGACCUGUGGCUCCAGGUCGAUCCAGACUACGUGCAUUCUCAGUAUCCAGAGCUGUCCGAGCUGCGUGCGCAGAGCCAGGAGGAGGACAGCAGCAGCGACGACGAGACGGCGUCACGCCCAGGCCUGAGGAAGAACGUCAGCUCGCCCAGGCGCGCGCAGAUGUCCCGCCUCAUGACGAGGGGCACGCAGAUGAUGCUGCGCUUCAGCGUGGAGACUGGCGCCGUCUCUGCCGAGGCCAGAUUGUUCAGCGAGGUUGAACGCAAGGUGACGAAGUUCUUGGACUUGCCUGAUGGCAGUUGGAACAUUAAGCGUGGCAUGAAGUUCGAGGGAUUCCCCAUCCAUUUCAGCUCACCGGAUCCAGAUACAAUCCGCCAGUAUCUCAUGUCCUUGCCCGAGUACAGAUCAUACAUUGACGACAAGGACGAGGGGGGUCUAUUGUCCGUGUGGCUCUACAUCGGCGUCAUGACGCCCGUGGAUUCCGACGUUAAAGAUGAAGCGUGA